UUUGUCUCACACACUCUUUGUUAGCCAUGCCGAGCCUGCUGGUGUUAGCAGGGAUCAUGGAGAAAAACGGGGGCUAUGCCGGGGAUCUGGCCGGCUCCGGCUUCGGAGGCGAGGCUCUCCUGGUGCCGCCCGACGACGACGAGGACGACUCCCGCGCCCUGCGGGUCGCGCUGGGCCAGCUGUCUCUGCUGGGGCUCGGCGAGGGCGAGGACGGCGGCGGCGGCGGAGCCCCGACGGCGGGAGUGCAGGACCGGAGCAACAACAACAACAACAACCAGCAGCAGCAGCAGCAGCAGCAGCAGCAGCAGCAUGGCGGGGAAGCAGCCAUCCUGGCCGGCAAGAGCAAGUUGUGCGCGCUGUACUCUGAGAGCUCGUCCGGGGAACCUAAAGGACGCGGCUGCAACAUCACUGAAUGUGUCCCCGUGCCCAGCUCCGAACAUGUGGCCGAGAUAGUGGGCAGGCAAGGUUGCAAGAUCAAAGCACUGCGGGCCAAGACCAACACCUACAUCAAAACCCCCGUCAGAGGCGAGGAGCCCGUAUUCCUCAUCACCGGCCGCAAGGAGGACGUGGCCCUGGCUCGCCGCGAGAUCAUCUCGGCCGCUGAGCACUUCUCCAUGCUGAGGGCGUCCCGCAACAAGCUGGGUGUGUCUUUCAGCGGCUCCCCGCCCACGCCUCUGCCGGGUCAGACCACCAUCCAGGUGAGGGUGCCGUACCGGGUGGUGGGGCUGGUGGUGGGCCCCAAAGGAUCCACAAUCAAACGCAUCCAGCAGCAGACCUGCACGUACAUCGUCACCCCCAGCCGGGACCGCGACCCCGUCUUUGAGAUCACGGGCUCGCCGAGUAACGCGGAGCGAGCUCGUGAGGAGAUCGAAGCGCACAUCGCCUUCCGGACAGGAGGUCUGCACGAGCACAACAACGAGAACGACUGCCUGGGCCCCCACAGCCCGGUGGGCGGCGGCGGUCUGGAGAGUCGUCUCCAGCAGGUCUGGGGUCUUCAGGGGGGCCAGCGCAAGCCCCUCAGCAGCAGCUACCGCCAGAACUUCUCAGACGCCAUGGUGGAAGGAGGCGGGAUCUACAACAAGGGCAACUUCUCCAGCUCUGGCGAGAAGCCUUGCUCCUUUUUCGGCUCAGAGGGCACCCAGAGCUGGGGGGACCCCGACUACCCCAAACAGAUGGCCUUCUACGCCCAGCAGCGCUCCAAGAGCUUCGGAGGCCUCCCGCUGCCCCUGACCAGACUCUCGCCGGGCCUCUCCGACUCCAACACUAACUGCGUGGUGUCCGGCUCGCCUCACGCCCAGGCUCGCCGCGCCCACAGCGAGCCCACCUCGGCCGGCGAGGGCGGCUUCCCCGGGCGCCUCCCCGUGCCGGACUCUCCGCCGGCCACCAUGCGGGACUGCAUGACCUGCUUCGAGAGCAAGGUGACGGCCGCCCUGGUGCCCUGCGGCCACAACCUCUUCUGCAUGGAGUGUGCCAUCCGAAUCUGUGAGCUGAAGCACCCCGAGUGUCCCGUGUGCCACACCCGCGUCACGCAGGCCAUCCGAAUAUUCUCCUAAGUCUCCUAAUCACUUGCUCUUAUUCCACUUUGGUUCCAGAACAAUCAAGCAGAUAUUUUACAAGGCACUGCUUGCUUUGCUAAAAAGUCUAAGAAAUAUUUGUAACUUUUUCUUUUCUAUACAUAUAUAUAUUUUAUAAAACUUUGCUUUAUAAGAGAAGUAUAGUACCUUUUGUUUUCCCUUCACCAAUCUCCGUGCAGGCAGACGUAAUGUGAACAUUCCAGGAGGAAGUCUUCUCAAACUACUUCCACGCUUGUCAACACCUCUCCCGUACUUUGCUUAGUCUUCAAGAUCACUAAUUCCUCAUUGAUGGCACCUUGCUGGAAGAUUCUCCUCCUCGCUCAAAGCACUCAUUUACUUUGGGAGGCCCCAAAGCUGGCCAGUCUCUUAUAUACAGUACCCCCUCCCGUCCAGUCUCUUAUAUACAGUACCCCCUCCCGUCCAGUCUCUUAUAUACACCCUCCCUUCUUCUUUCCUAAAGCGUGCGUUAUCGCCGUGGGGAGACAUCGCUGUGGCCAACGCCAAGGCCAAGGCGAAGGCGAAGGCGAGGUCUCAGCUAAGACAAAAUGCGUAAUUAGCACAGGAGCAGGUGCUGUGGGGGUCUUUCUUUGUCCCCACCCCCAUCUCACUCCUCUGCUGCUUCCUGGGAGAGCUAAAGGAGGCCAGUAUUGUUUGUUUUGCUGAUAAUUAGGGGAAGGGUCCAGGUGCGGACAGUAAAGGGGCGAGGCUCCAGGGGGGGUCUUUGAAGGCCAAGUCCACUCCUUUAUGUGGAAGGGAGGGCCCACACACACAAGCGUGAACCCCCCCCCAAAAAAAGAUCUCAUGGCAUGAGGUCUAGCGUGACCCACUCCCACUGUGACAUUCUAACAGGGUUUAUGUGACAGCACAAGCCCCGCCCACUUGUCCCAUCCUGCAGCUGCCCCUUCACUAUAGACACAGGGGUCUCCACCCUCCUUCCCCCCCCCCCCGACUGAGUGAAUGAAAAUCAGGCUAUUGUGAUUGGUGGAAAAGCCAAGGAAACGCCCCCUUUAUCAGAUCAAACCACACAAGUCUGCAGGGACCACGUUUGAGGGGAGGGGUCUUAAGUCU